AUGUCACCAGUCAAGUCCCAAGGUAGAAUAAAUGCCACAAAGCAGAGGGCAAGAAAUCAACAGAAAAAAGUGAGACAGAAUGUUUCCAGACCACCUCAGUCUCCCUCUAAAGUGCCUAAUGGAAAACAAAAAGUUAGAGGGAAUUCACCAACUCCUGAGUACAGAAAGACAGAUAAGGCGAAGAGCAGUGGAAGGAAUAAAGCAGAUCCAAGUAAAAAGAGAAGUCCAGAACCACAGAAACAAGCAGGAAGCACGCUAGGAAACGGAACAACUGUAAAUCGUGAAAAGGGUCAACAUAACAAAGAUAGUAAGACAGGAAUAAACAAGACAACUAAACUUAAACUUCCACUAAAAGCAGCCCCAACCAUACAAGGGAGGAUCAACAACAACCUCCCCACCAAGCCUGAGAACAAGAGAAGUGACAAAGUGACAGAGAGUGAGGAGGAGGAAUCAGAGAGCGAUGCAGGAAGCUCAGAGGAGGUGACGGAAGAGGAAACUAGUAACGAUGAGAAAGAGGAGGAGCAGGGCAGUAAAACAGAGCCAUCUGAGACACAUGGGAGUGAGGAAAGCAGUGAAGAGGAGGCUGAGGAGGCUGAGGAGGCAUCGGAUACUCAAAGAGAUACAGGACAGACAGCAAGCGAGGGAUCGGACAGAGAGCUUUCAGAGGAAGUCAAAUCCAGAAGUGAACCAGCCACUUCCAGUGAAGAAGAAGAGGAAAACAACAAGGAAGUUGAAGUAUUUGAGGCGGUCAUCAGUGAUGUGGUUGAAGACAGGGCGAUAACCCAGGACACAUCUGAAAAGCCACCAGCUGAUACAGCCUGCAGACGACACAGACAAACUCCCCGUCCCUCGAAGCCUGCACAAGCACCAAAAUACAAGAUGUUUAAAAAAACAAAAGCAGAUAAGCAGGCAGAGAAGGCUGAGAAACAGAGAGCCAAAGCAGAGAAGCAGAGGUUAGAAAAGGAAGCCAAACAAAAAGCCAAGGAAGAAAAAAAGAACAAAAAGAAACAACAAAAAGAGGACAAACCAAGUUCUACAACAGAGGAGACUCAACCAACAAAAGAUCCUCCCACCAACAAAGAAGAUGAAAAUAUAAAUGAGAAAGAUGCUCCUGUAGAGGCAGAUCCAGAUGAGGUAGAGGAGGAGAAGGCUGAACCAAUACUGACCAAAGCCAUCAAAGGCCAAAACCGAAUAAUGCUUCUCAAAGCCAAAGGUAAGGAUCUCAAAGCCAUUCUGGAGCCUGAGGAGCAGCAGGACGCUGGAAGUACCGUCAAAGGGCGGCCACAGGGAUUGCUCUUGGGGAAAGUCAAGAUGGCAUCUCUCCGAAACAAAGCAAAUAAGAUGCUAACGAAGGCUGACGAGGAAACAUCAGAGAGUGAAGCCGCUGAUGGAGCGUCCAGCAAACCCAAGGAAUGUUUGAUAGUGCGAAGAAAAGGUAUGACCACUCUUCGUCGAGUGUCCGGUUGGAUUCAGAAAAAUGUGCCACGGGGGUUGAAUAUGAGAAAGAAGCUUUCUGCUUGGACUAAAGCCAUCGGGAUUUCCCACUGGCUUUCCCUUCGAUCAAUAAAACAGAAGCAAGGCCCCAGAAAAUCUAAGGGCAAUAUCCUCAAACACAGGAUGGCCAUGAGAGUUGCCAGUAAAACCAGCUUGGCCGGUAAAAGUAGAAGGUCUUCUGUGGACAAAAUGGGGAAAGAGAAUGCCAGCCUUCAGGGAAAGGCAGAGGAGGGAGGGGAGGAAGCAGUCCCAGUUGGAGAGAAAGAGGUAGAGGCCAAAUAUGCUGUGGUACUCCCCAGGAUGAACAAACUGGGAAAGGCAAAGACAGCAGAGGAGCCCCAAGCAGCUCCUGGAUCUUCUACUCCAUCAAGUACCACUGGACCAUCAGGAGAACCCACUACAUCACAGCCCAAACCCCCAAAACCAGGUGCCAGGCUUGUGCUCCCUGUAAAACCAGAUCUCAGCCUCCUGAAGUCCAUCAAGAAGUCCUUGCCUGGAGGGUUACAGUCAGGUGCAGAUGUGGCAGAGAGGAGCCCUGGCUCCAGUGGUACACCAGAGGGACCAUCCAGCACCGAGGAUAGAAACAGGAGACAUGCCCACAACAAUCAAGAUAGAGUCAGUGUGCUACUGGCUGCAAGAGGGAAACUGAACCCCUCCCAGAUCAACCCGACCAAGAUGUCCUUGUCAGGGCCGACUCGGGCCAAGGGACCAGAUUCAGAAAGCGAGGCUGCAGCUGGGAUUCCCAGGUCCACUACUCAGCCCUUUCCAAAUGGGGAGGCAAAUGCUGUGAUGCCUGGUGUCCGGUCCCUGUAUGAAGAAGAGGCAGACAGGGAAGUAGCCCAGUUGAUGGGUGAGGGGGGAAUGUAUGCCAUCACCCAACCAGACGUGCACUGGGCUGGGAACCCAAGGAUGAGUGGAGACCCUCAGGACUGGCUGCGUGCUGAGAACCUGCUGCCCCACCAGACAGUGGAGAAGCUAACCAAGUGGACAGUCUAUGAUGAUGAGGGCCAGGCCAGGACCAUUCCUGCCCACAAUGGGAGGGGCCCCUGGGAAUCAGAUGACCCCACCCAGGAGAUGCUGGAGAGUCGUCUGGUCUGCACACAGAUGGUGAUGCCUGGCAGCAAAAGAACUGUAGAGGUGGAUGAGGUGGAGGAUCUGUCCCAGCUGGAAGAGGUGUGUGAGAGCUCUGUGCUUCUGAAUCUGAAGAAGAGGUUCCAACGUGACUGUAUUUAUACUUACAUUGGAAACAUGCUGCUGUCCAUUAACCCCUUCAAGCCCCUUAACAUCUACACAGAGGAACUGAGACAGAAAUACCAGGGCAAAGAGCAGCAGAGAAACCCACCCCAUGUGUAUGCCAUAGCCGAUGUCGCUUUCAGUCAGUCUCAAGCCUCCACACAGGAGCAGUGCAUCAUCAUAAGUGGCCAGAGUGGUUCAGGAAAGACUGAAGCUACUAAGCUGAUAGUCCACUACCUCAGCUCUAUGUAUCAGGGCAGAAACGACAACCUGCGACAGCCCAUGGAGGUCUUUCCCAUCCUGGAGAGUUUUGGGAAUGCCAAGACCAUUCUCAACAACAACUCCAGCCGCUUUGGCAAGUACCUCCAUAUCCACAUUCUCCAUGGGGUUGUUGUAGGGACCUCGCUGUCCAAAUACCUCCUUGAGAAAUCCAGGGUUGUCUUUCAGGCCAAUGAGGAGAGGAACUACCAUGUGUUCUAUGAGCUGCUGGCAGGUAUGAACGACUGGGACAAACAGGAGCUCUACCUGCAAGGAGCCGAGACCUAUUACUACCUUAACCAAGGUGGUGCCUGUGAAUUGAAGGGGAAGCAGGACAAGCAGGACUUCCAGCUUUUGGUUCAGUGCUUUGAGACCAUUGGUCUGCAUGCUGACCAGAUCUCCACCAUCUGGGCCAUCCUCUCCUCUAUCCUGCAGCUCGGCAAUGUCUGCUUCAGCUCCUAUGAGAGCGAGUCAUUUGAGGUGGCUCGAAUCUUCAGCGAGGCUGAGGUCAGGAGGGUUGGCUCCUUGUUGCAGAUUUCCUCUGAGGCCCUGCAGACUGUCAUCACUCACAGAGUCACGGAGACAACCUAUGACAGGAUAUACUGCCCUCUGUCUGUGGAAAGUGCCAUAGAAUACAGAGAUGCCAUUGCCAAAGCCUUAUACUCAGUGCUGUUUGACUGGUUGUUAGAGCAGAUCAAUGACUGGCUGAGCCCCACAGAGAUGGACAGCACAGUGGGCAUAGUCGACAUUUACGGGUUUGAGGACCUGGGAGUGAACAGCUUUGAGCAGCUGUGUAUCAACUUUGCCAAUGAGCAGCUGCAGCAUUUUGUCACCAAGGCAGUGAUCUCCCAAGAGCAGGAGGAGUACAGUGCAGAGCAGAUUCAGUGGUAUCCGAUGCCAAUCAAGAACUUCCACUCCUGUCUGGAGCUGAUCUCCUCCAGACCACACGGCAUUCUCCGCAUACUGGACGAUCAGACCUGCCUCCCGCAGGCCACUGACCACACCUUCCUCCAGAAGUGCCACUACCACCAUGGGAACAGCCCCUACUAUGCCAAGCCCAAGAACCCAAUGCCAGUCUUCACUGUCUAUCACUACGCUGGAGCUGUCACUUAUCAGGUUCAUAAUUUCCUGAAUAAGAACCACGACCAGUUCAGGACAGAAGUGGUGGAGCUUUUUGCCAGGAGUCGCUUAAAGAUGGUGUCGGAGCUGUUCCGCAAGGUUCAGGAUGCUUACAUUCAGCAGAGAGAGCUGGGCUGGAGAGGGAGGGGCCUCCGCCAGCAGCCCUCUACCGCCGCCUCACACUUCCUUCAGUCCCUGACUGAACUCACUACCCGUCUGGAGAGGUACCAGCACGCUGACCACACUGACUGCCACUGGGCCGUCAUCACCAAAGCUGUGGAUCAAUGCAAAACUACCUUUAUUCGUUGUCUGAAGCCAAACUACGUCAAGCUUCCUGGGAUCUUUGAUGUAGACUAUGUGUCGGCCCAGCUAAGGCACGCUGGGAUGAUGGAGACCAUCCACAUCAGGAAAGAGGGUUUCCCUGUACGGAUACAGUACUCCUACUUCAUGGAAAGAUACGGGGUGCUGCUGAGCCAGCGGCUGCCCGAGGUGUCAGACAGAGAGCAGUCAGUGGUUCUGCUGGACAUGGUUGGUGCAGAGGAGGGACAGUACCAGCUGGGACUCACCAAGCUGUUCCUCAAGGAGCUUCUGUACCAGCAGCUGGAGGAGAAGUGGAGCAGCACCCAGACCUGGGCUGCCAUCACCAUCCAGAGGAACAUCAGAGGCUUCCUCUGCAGGAGGAACUUCAGGUUCUUCAAACAGAAAGCCAUCAUCAUCCAGAGCCACAUCAGAGGACACCAGGCCAGGAAGUACUACAAGCGUCUGAGGCAGUCCUUCACUCAGUUCUGGGCGGUGAUGAUGAUAACCAGGGACACCAUCAAGAGACGCCACUGGAGGAAGGAAUUUCACGAGAAGAACAAAGUGAAGGCAGUGACAAAGACUAAGUCUGUCUCUCCAGCAAUGGAUGUGGGAAUGUUGGAGAUCCCUGCUGAACUGUCAGCCAGACUCCGCAGUGCAGCAGGGCAGCAGCAUGGGUCAGGGGUCACAGAUGUGGCACCUCCACAGGUGAAAGCAGAACACAAGCUCACCCUGCCUCAGGAUAUCGACAGAUACCCAUUCUCUCGCUAUGCCAAGUCCAUCUUAAAGGACACAUGGUGCCAGCCUCAGGUAUACCCCCUCCAGAGAUCCCUCACCCCUCUGGAGCCUGAAGAUGCCAGAACUGCCCUAGAGAUUUACAAAUUGAUCAUGCGGUUUACAGGUGAGUCAGACCUCAGCGGCUGGCAGGAGCAGAUGCUGGGUAACUACAUAGUGGAGAGGGGUCAGAGCCGCCCGGCUUUGAGGGACGAGAUCCUUGCCCAGCUGGUUUAUCACACAUGGGGCCUGCAGGAGGAGCAGCACAGUCUGAGGGGCUGGCUCCUGCUGGCCUGCUGCCUCAGUGCAUUCACCCCCUCACCAACACUGGACAAACCCCUACUCAAGUAUGUGUCUGACCAAGGUCCAGGGGAAUACCGCUCACUGUGCCAACAUAAACUGCUGACAUCUCUGCAGCUCCCAGCGCCCACUGCCCGCAUCUACCCCCCCACCCAGCUGGAAUGGACCAGCAACCAGAGAAAGGGCACCAUGCUGCUGGACGUACACACCUUCAACGAUGAGAAGCUGACAACUGAAGUGGAGUCAUGGACCACAGGAGAGCAGCUGGCCUCAUGGCUUCUUCAUUUCAGAGGUGUGUCAGAGGCUGUGCAGGGCUGGUCGGUGUCUCUCCUGACCGAUGACGGCUGGUCAGAUCUGGCUGGCUCGGACUUUGUCAUGGAUCUUCUGGCUGGAGCUGAAGCUGAAGUGCUGCCACCACCAGGGACCCCCUCCUCUACAAACUCUGACUACCUGUUCGGCAGCCAGGGAGACAGGAUGCCAUUUACAGAUCUGGAUGACUUCAUUCCACCAGCACCUCCCAUGCAAGCUCCUGGGCUGCCUCCUUUUGAGGGAAACCCCUGGGGAAGAGCUUAUCCACAGGAAGGCCGUGGUCGACAGAUCGAUGCAUAUGUUGAUGACUUGUUUGACCCUGUACUGGACCAAGGACCUCCGGACAUGGAAAGAGUAGCCAUGCUAAACAGCAGGAUGAAAGGAGGAGGAGGGAUUGGACCCAUGUAUGGAACUGGUAUGCCCAUGACAAUGCCAAGCUAUCCUAUGGGAAUGCCAGUAAACCCUGCAAUGCCCAGCUUUGGUGCAACUCCCAUGAUGCCAACCAUGCCAGCCAUGCCAACCAUGCCAGCCAUGAUGAUGCCUCAGACUCCCAUGGCUGACCCCAUGCAGAUGGCAGCAUCACAGCAGGCCCUCAUCAACCAACAGGCCUUUCUCAUGGCCCAGCAGAUGACCCUGCAGGCGAUGAGUUUGUCCCAGCAGCAGACGCAGGAGCAGCAGAGGAAGCUGCAGGAGCAGGAGAAAAAGCAGGAAGAGGAUAGGCAGCGGAGACGUCGUUUCGAGCCACGGUCCAAGGAACGCUCACCCUCCCCUUCCCCUCGAUCUCCCUCACCCCCACCUGCUCGUCCCAAAGCAUCUGCACCUAAACGCACCUCCAGCCGCAGGCAGCCUGAGCCAGAGCCAGAAAGAGAAGUGGACUUACCAGAUCCAGAUGACCUUCAGUCUUUCAGAGACAAGCAGGAAUACUUCAAAAAGAUUGGCUUUCAGCCCCAAGGUGGAUCAAAACCCCAAAUGCCUCAGCCAGCCCCCUCCAGCCCACCCAGACAGCAGCAACGCUCCCUGCCAUUACCCCCACCUACAGCACCUAAGCCUCCUGUGAAGCGUCUCAACACCCCUCCUGCCAGAAAAGUGGAGCCCCCAAAACCAAUACCUACUCCAACUCCUCUCACUGAGCCUAAGCCUGAACCCACCUCCAGCAUUCGGGAUAUCAUCAAACAGUUUAACAGCCGACCCCAACCAGAAGCCAAACCCUUUGAGCCUGUCAGACCUCCACCACGGAAUUUUAUAAAGAAGAAUGAUCCCAAAGAGGAAGCUCUGGCCAAACUCAGAAACAAAGCUCCAGUGCCACAACAACAGAAGCAGUGGGUGCCUCCACCAGUAAAACCUAAGAGGCAGCAACCUCCUCCCAGGACUCCAUCCCCACAGCCCUCUCCUCCCUCCACCAGGGGGCCCCGGGUCAUCUCCAACAGCAUGAGGCAGAAACAGCGCUCCCUGGAGGACCUGUUUGGCUCGCAGCGCUCCAUGAACCAUCCGCCUCCACCCCCAGACUCCCCACCACCACCUCUGCAACCAACACCCAUCCUUCAGGACAUCCCAGUAGAUGUGGAUGGCAUUCACUCCCAGCUCUUCCGCUUCUCUGCUGGGGUUUACUUCUCUUACUCCAACAUGCCGGGAAAACUGUUCCUGAGGAAAGAAGUGUUUUACCCCAGAGAGAUGUUCAACCGGCCCUACAUCCUCAAUCUGUUAUGUGAGCAGAUUAUGAGGGACACCUACUCUGACAGCUGUGUGAGGAUUAGCAGAGAGGAAAGGAGGAAGAUGAAGGACCUGCUGGCUAAUUUCAAUGUGGGAAUGACUAUAAGCACCAUCCAGAAUGACAAUAUGAAGAAGAGGAUUGUCAUUGCCGCUCGAGACAACUGGGAAAACUACUUUACCCGCCUGUUCCCUGUGAAGCCAGACACUGGGGAUUCUCAGGUCUUGGGUGUGUGUCAUCGUGGCAUUCGUCUCCUGAAGAUGGUCAGAGCAUCAGGCAUCAACCCCAAACACCUGCGUCCACUCAGAAGCUACAGUUUUGCAGAAUUGCUGUCAGUUGAGCUCCAGGGUGCAGACAAAGUGGAGCUGGAGCUGAAGAAUGAGAAGUUGGUGCUGCAGUCUUCCAGAGCUCCUCAGAUGACUGCCAUGAUCCGAUUCUUCCUCCAGGAGCUCACCAGGGACUCAGGCCAUGUGGUUGCCCUGAAGAGUUACAUGACAGAUGACAAAAGUCUACUCAGCUUCAGUAAGGGUGAUGUCAUCAAACUGCUGCCAAUGGAAGGACAACAGGCAGGCUGGUGUUUUGGCACCUUGGGAGGGCGUUCUGGUCUUUUCCCAGAGGACUUCACCCAGCCCUCUGCUGCCCCAGACUACCACUGUCUACACCUUGACCGAAGAGAUGACAGGAGGAAAAGCAUGAGGGGUGCUACAUCUGUCAGUGCAUCCAAGGGCCCGUCUCCAGGUCCCAUCAGCAAAGAGGCCACAGUCCCCGGAUCAGGCCAGAGGUCAGGCCAAGCCUCAAUUCAGGGCUCAGUCCAUGAGUUGGAGAUCCUGUCGGGUAUGACCGAGUUUGCCAUCAAGUACUUCAGAGUGGGGACCACAGGUCUGCCAGCAAGUGGAAGGAAUUUUUCAGAGGCAGUUCAACACACAGAGAGUCUCAUACAGGAGUCCUUAAUUCUCUACAAUGAUCCUGAAAUCAGUGAUUUAUCUGUCCAGUGCUUCAUGAACCUGAUGCAGUUCAUGGGUGACAUGCCAAUGAAGAAGAAUAACACCCAGUCAGACUGCCUGAGCGACAUCUUACUGUUAGGGAAUGAGAAGGAGCUGCUGAGAGAUGAAAUCUACUGCCAGGUCAUCAAGCAAACCACCAACAACCCAACAAAAUCGAGCUGUACUCUUGGCUGGCGGCUGCUCAACCUGGUGACCGGGUUCUUCCCUUGCUCUGGUACUCUGCAGCCCUAUGUCACACGUCACCUACACGACAUCUCUCAGGACUACGAACACCCAUACCAAGAGCUGGCGUGUGUGUGUCAGGAUAACCUUCAGCGAUCUCUCAAAUUUGGCGGCCGCCGUAACAUCCCCUCACAAGUAGAGAUGGAGGCCAUUCUGGGCGGCAAAACUUCUCGCCGUAUUCCUAUCAAGCUGCCAGGAGGGGUGGAUUUCCCAGUCAAGAUACGCAGCUUCAGUUUGGCAGCAGAGGUGGUAACAGAGUUCUGUAAAGAAAUGGGAAUCUCAGAUCUCACAGAAAUCAGAGAGUUCUCCAUCUUUGCCAUCCGAAGUCACGAUGGGAUGGUGCGUCCUCUCCAUAGUGAGGAGUAUCUGUUCGACUUCCUGCUGGAUGAUGGCUCCAUCUCCUUUUGCCUGCGAAGAGUGAUGUGGAGAAGCCCUCUGUCCUUUAACAGUGACCUCUAUGUGGAGUUCCACUACCAGCAGCUCCUGGGUGACUACCUGAGUGGGCGGCAGAUUUUUGCUCCAGCUCCGGGUGGUUCCUCAUCAGUCCAGCAGAUAGCAGAGCUGUCAGCCCUGCAGCAUCUGGCUCAGGGACUGAACGAUCAGCCCUCACUGCCAGAGAUUAAGGAGUACCUGCCCUCACAGGACAGGCUCAGCAGUAAAGUCGAAGAGAUCCACUCCUUCUGUCUGGGCCAGAUAGCUGCCAUGCACUCCCUCAGCCCUCAAGACGCCAAAAUACAAUUCAUUGAGUUCCUGAGCACCCUGCCUCUGUUUGGCUCCAGCACUUUCUUGGCCAAGAAGGUCAGUCAACGCGGCUGUCCCUCCCCAUGCAUGGUCAACAUUAGCCAGGAGGGGGUGCUGUUCCUUCACCCCAAAACACAGGAGCGAGUGUUUCUGAUUCCUCUGGCGGAUGUCCAGUCCAUGCGCACCAUCCGCCCCAAGAAACAAAGUAAAGUGCCAUCUAUGGAUAUCGACUAUGGCAAUCCAAGCCGACCCAAAAAAGUCACCAUUCAUCUCAAAGAGGCUAAGGAGUUGUGCCACAUCCUUGCUCUGAUAAUAGAAGAGCUGAUCCGGCCAUCAGUCACCAGCUCCGUUUCAAACCGCCAGUAGACAGACAGACGGACGGACACACACACACACAAUAUUGAUGUUUUUUGUUGAUCGCUGUCUUCUUUAACCAACUUUGUGUUUACCAUUUUUUGUUAAUUUAUCUUUUUCUCUGUGUAACUUCAUGGAUCGUGUGUCACUGAUAAAAUAGACUGAAUAGAAACAUGCAUAUACACACACAAUGCUGAACGUCUCUGCGGUGUUAUGUUAUCUGAGAGGAAAUGAGCUGACAUAAUUACUCAUCUGAUCAAAGAACAGAAAUGAAUGCAGUAAAGAUUCAAGUCAUUUACCCCUCAUUAUUAUUAUAUGAAUAAACCAAUGCCUUAAAGUGAUUCUUUUUGUGCAUUAAAAUUCUAUGACAUAAUCGCUGAAAUGUAAAGUUUGUUAAUCAGUAUUGGAAGUUUAUGUUUUGAUGAUGUCAUGUUAUAUAAGUGAAUAAUUUAUAAGCAUUAAAAAAUAUGUUGAUUAUUUAA